AUUGUCAUUGGCUUCUCUCGAACGAUUCUUGUGUUCCAUACGCCGAAGGAAAAAUUCGUACGAAUAGCCAACUUUGAACAAUUUUUCCAAUCAAUGUGCAGGGAUAGCCAGAUCCAGUGUGAGACAAGCCACACGCCUAUGGAGUUUGUCAACAGCGGAGAUUACUGUCAGGCUCAACAUGAGUAGAGGCCUCGCGCGUGAAUGCCGUCUGUAGUCCUUGCGAUUCUUCAGCAAACCUUGAAGCCCAAGGGGCACAACUCUACUUUCAUUAUCCUUAAUGUGACUGAAGCGCCACCUAGUGUGGACAAAGAGGAGUGUUGGCUGAAUGGGGUAAAGCGUGGCACGGUCUGGAUCCAAUAUUAGCCAGACAUCUGAAACCUACCCUCAGGACCCUGUUUUUACAUUGUCUUUCACCAAUCAGCAUUUGUGGAAUCGUAGCAUGACAACAAAGAUGAAGCUUCAGCGCCCAGAACCCGCGGAAAUACAGCACAAGAACAUGAGAUUCCUAAUCACAGAUCGGCCGACGGAUGCCACCAUAGAGGGCUACAUCGAGGAACUUAAAAAACAUGGUGCUAAAGACGUUGUGAGAGUUUGCGAGCCAACUUACACCACGGAGAAACUUCGCUCCCAGGGUAUCAGAGUAUUGGACUGGGAGUUUGAUGACGGCAGCCCACCCCCUAACAAAGUGGUGGAGGACUGGUUUGGCCUUCUCAAAACACGCUUCCGAGAGGAGCCGGGCUGCUGCGUGGCUGUUCACUGCGUUGCGGGUUUGGGAAGGGCCCCUGUUCUGGUGGCAUUAGCACUUAUUGAAGGGGGCAUGAGGUAUGAAGAUGCUGUGGAGCUUAUACGGAGGAAACGCCGGGGUGCAAUCAAUUCCAAACAGUUGUCAUAUUUAGAACAUUACCGUCCAAAGUCACGGCUUAAGCUGCGCGGGAACGGCAACAAGCAAUGUACGCUUAUGUGAACCCACAACCAUCUCCCGGUCAUACUCCACUUCAGCUGGAGGAGUCACAGCUUCAGAAAAAUCUAUAGGAUUUUAUUUUAUUGGGCCACUAAAGGAAA